CCGCCAUAUGUCACCAAGAACAACUCCGUAUGCUUUCGAUACCCAUGCCUUGUCCCAAGAGAUGAGCGGGGGAAUCCAGGGGGGCUCCAGGAGUACUCAUUCGUAUCGGUAAUGUUGGACUCCGGCUAGAUGAGGAUAGGCAGACUACAUCGCCGAUGACGGUGGCCCUGAAGCAAACAGCUACCCUAAGGGGGGCGACAUGCCAUUGAACUUGAGGGCGGCACGUGUAAGACCUUACGCGGCAAGUAAGAUAUAUGCCGUGGCAUCUAAUUGUUGUAAGCAGAACAAACGUACUUUCAUGGCUGACCUUGGGCGUGAUUCUCAGCAUCUACCGCUCCCUUCAGCAACACCGAACAGUUCUCCUCGUCUCAGACCUUCGAACGCGAUAUUCUAUUUCCAUCGGGCCCCGAGGCAAUAUCUCCUACAUACGAAAAGGUCUCGCGGGCAGUCAGUAAACGACAAGAAAGGCGGCGGCCGAGCCAGCUUUCGCAGACAACAGAACAAGUCAUCGAUACGGGCCAAAGUGUCGCUGGCCACGAGGCAGGCCAUGAAGCCUCUGAUACAAGUAGCAGAGCAGAGAACCUACACUUUAGGGUAUGCUCAAUCGGCCUCCGGUAUGGAUCUCUGGCAGCAGUUGUGCGGCAGGCCUUGGGGCACUCUGUAUGACACCUGUCGGGAGGGGAAGGAUCAACAACAGCUCUCGCAAUAUUCGCCUACCCCACCUUCUCUUUUCAUAACGACUUGUACCUCCGCCAUACCGAACACCAGCUACUAUGGGAGCGAGGCCGAGGUUUACGGAUUUAGGGCUACUAGGAUGAAGCAGCGGAGACAACUGAAAGGCCUGCUCGAAGAAAGAAAGGAGAGAUACGAUUUGAGGAGAAAUGACAACAAGAGAACUCAGGGACAAAUUAUGAUAGUUGCAGGAGCAGAUGCAGGCGACACGUACCUUGCGCAUGACUGUGGACACACACGGAGCAAUGCCAUCAUAUCGACCAUCAUAUGCCCAUAUCUGCGACGAUAUUCGUAUAUGCCGAUAGAAGCAAAAUCUAUUCCCUCAUGCGGGGCAGAUGCUGAAGCCGGCGCACGACAGGGGCUCAUCCAGACAUGA